GAAAACAAAGAUGGCGGCCGCGCCGGGGUUGGUACCCGGGGCGGCUGCGGGCCGACGCGCGGGCCAGGCCCACUGAGGCAGCUGCACGGUGGGCAGGCUGCGGGGUCGCCGCAGUAGUGAGAAGCCGGCAGGGGCGCGCGGCGACCCUAACUUCCAGCCGGCGAGCGCGCCGGCACCCGCCCGCCGGGCCGGCCGGCCGCGAUGUCCGGCGCUGAGGAGGCCGGCGGGGGUGGCCCGGCUGCAGGGCCCGCGGGUGCCGUGCCGGCCGGGGCCGGGGUCGGGGUAGGGGCAGGGCCUGGGGCUGUCGCGGGGCCGGCUGCGGCGGCUCUGGGCGAGGCGGCGGGGCCCGGGAUCCCAGACGAGGCGGGCCUGGCCGGCGCUCGGCAGCUGCAAGAGGCGGCCGGCGACCCCGACGCGCCGCCCAAGAAGCGGCUGCGGGCGGCCGAGGCAGCCGAGGCGGCGGCGGCGGCGGUGGCAGCGGGCAGCGGAAAGCUGGAGGAGCGUCUCUACUCGGUGCUGUGCUGCACCGUGUGCCUGGACCUGCCCAAGGCUUCCGUGUACCAGUGUACUAACGGUCACUUGAUGUGCGCUGGCUGUUUUAUCCACCUACUAGCAGAUGCCCGGCUGAAGGAGGAGCAGGCCACAUGUCCCAACUGUCGUUGUGAGAUCAGUAAGAGCCUCUGCUGCCGGAACCUGGCUGUGGAGAAAGCUGUGAGCGAGCUCCCUUCAGAGUGUGGCUUCUGUCUGCGUCAGUUCCCUCGCUCCCUCCUAGAGAGGCACCAGAAAGAGGAAUGCCAGGACAGGGUGACACAGUGCAAGUACAAGCGUAUUGGCUGCCCGUGGCAUGGCCCUUUCCAUGAGCUGACAGUGCACGAAGCUGCCUGUGCUCACCCGACCAAGACAGGCAAUGAGCUGAUGGAGAUCCUCGGGGAGAUGGACCAGAGCCACCGCAAGGAGAUGCAGCUCUACAACAGCAUCUUUAGCCUGCUCAGCUUUGAGAAGAUUGGCUACACAGAGGUUCAGUUCCGGCCUUAUCGCACUGACGACUUCAUCACACGCCUGUACUAUGAAACACCACGGUUCACAGUGCUGAACCAGACAUGGGUCCUGAAGGCUCGUGUGAAUGACUCGGAGCGCAACCCCAACCUGUCGUGCAAGCGCACACUUUCCUUCCAGCUACUCCUCAAGAGCAAGGUCACAGCACCCCUGGAGUGCUCUUUUCUUCUGCUCAAGGGCCCAUACGAUGAUGUGAGGAUCAGUCCUGUUAUCUACCACUUUGUCUUCACCAAUGAGAGCAAUGAGACAGACUAUGUGCCGCUGCCCAUCAUCGACUCUGUGGAGUGCAACAAGCUGCUGGCCGCCAAGAACAUUAAUCUGCGGCUCUUCCUGUUCCAAAUACAGAAGUAGGAUGGACCCAGGCACCUGAGGAGCAGAGGGCUGCAGUCCAGUAGUGCUGUCCCACCCAUCCCUGGCUUGGCAGCAGCUUCACACAACUAUAUGAUCAUUUUAGCAAAGGAGGAGAACAAACAAAAUCAAACACUGAGAAAGUCUGCAUGCGUGUGCAACGGGGUCCCUGCCUCUGGCUCACCUUCCUCCCCUCUGCCUCCCACCUCCUGCAGGCAGCCAGAGGCUGAGCUGACCACAGUGGAAACAGCACUCUGGGCUCCUCAGGUACAGGUGGUGAGGAGGGCAAGAAGCCACCUUUAUCCCAGCUCCCAUCCUCACACCGAGGUGGCACGGUGGUCCCCUGGCCGGGCUCAGGGGCCCUGGCUGACUUCAGACAGCAUAUUUGAUUGCAAUUAAAAAGGCAGCCUUGUUUCCUA